CGAUGGUUCUCGCAGGCCCCGUACGCAGCUGCCCCGUGACACAUUUCCGGGCUCCGAGUCAGGUGGGGAGCCGGUGUCACAUGAUCGCGAUCGCAGGAGCCGGAAGUGGAGGCGAAGCCGUCGCCGUCCCAUGGUGAUGACAUGGCAUCUGCUAGCUCCAGCAGGGCCACGGCAGGGCUGGCCAGUGAGAAGUCCCAGCUCACUGUGAAAGUUGUGUCAGUGAAACCCAAGGUGCACAGCCGCCAGUCCCGGAUCAACUCCUACGUGGAGGUGAUGGUGGAUGGACUUCCCAGUGAGACCAAGAAGACAGGGAAGCGGAUUGGGAGCUCUGAGCUGUUCUGGAAUGAGAUCCUCAUAGUGAACGUCACAGCUCAAAGCCACCUGGAUCUGAAGGUCUGGAGCUGCCACACCCUGAGGAACGAGCUGCUAGGAACAGCUUCAAUCAGCCUGUGUAACAUCCUGAAGAAGAAUGGUGGGAAAAUGGAGAACACGCAGCUGACCCUGAACCUGCAGACGGAGAACAAAGGCAGCGUUGUUUCAGGCGGAGAGCUGACGAUUUUCCUGGACGGGCCGACUGUUGAUCUGGGAAGCCUGCCUAAUGGCAGUGCCGUGACAGAGGGGUCCCAGCCGCCUGGGAGGGAUCCCAGCUGUAUGGCUCUGGCUACAGAGAGCAGACACCAGCCCCCCAGCACAAACUGCUUUGGAGGUAGAUCCAGGGGACACAGACAUUCAGCUGGAGCGGCCAGACAGAACGCAGGGAAUGGAGACCAAAGUCCCAGCACCAGGGUUCGCCACCGCCAGCAAGUCAAGAGUCCGAGCACAGCAAAUGGCACAGUGAAUGGGGACUCUGCUGGUGCCACCGACGCUGAAGAGGAAAGGUCUGUGGUGGGAGUGACCUCGCCACCUGCAGCAGUGUCAAGCGAGACCCCCGGGUCCACCGCUGCCACCCUUCCUGCUUCAUCCGUCCCUGGGGAGCCAGAGGAGCCGGCCCCUGCCUCAGGCACCCAGUCACCUCAGGCUGCAGCACAGGCCUUGGAAGCUCUACCUCCCGGCUGGGAACAACGAGAGCUACCGAACGGGAGGGUCUAUUACGUGGACCAUAACACCAAGACCACCACCUGGGAGAGACCUCUGCCUCCAGGCUGGGAGAAGCGAGUGGACCCCCGGGGCAGGUAUUACUAUGUGGAUCACAACACCAGGACCACCACUUGGCAGCGUCCCACAGCGGAGUAUGUGAGGAACUACGAGCAGUGGCAGACGCAGCGAAACCAGCUCCAAGGGGCCAUGCAGCAGUUCAGCCAAAGAUUCCUGUACCAGUCGUCCGGCGCCCCGUCUGACAAUGAUCCUCUGGGCCCCCUUCCUCCCGGCUGGGAAAAGAGACAGGACAACGGGCGAGUGUAUUACGUGAACCACAACACGCGGACCACCCAGUGGGAGGAUCCUCGCACGCAGGGGAUGAUCCAGGAGCCGGCCCUGCCGCCUGGCUGGGAGAUGAAAUACACCAGCGAGGGGGUGCGCUACUUUGUGGAUCACAACACUCGCACCACCACCUUCAAAGACCCCCGCCCCGGCUUUGAGUCUGGGAAUAAGCAGGGGGGUUCCCCUGGGGCUUACGACCGAAGCUUUCGCUGGAAAUAUCACCAGUUCCGCUUCCUGUGUCACUCGAACGCGCUGCCCAGCCACGUGAAGAUCAGCGUUUCCCGGCAGACGCUCUUCGAGGACUCCUUCCAGCAGAUUAUGAACAUGAAGCCCUAUGAUCUGCGGCGCAGGCUGUACAUCAUCAUGCGCGGCGAGGAGGGGCUGGACUAUGGCGGCAUUGCGAGGGAAUGGUUCUUCCUCUUGUCCCACGAGGUGCUCAACCCCAUGUACUGCCUGUUCGAAUACGCCGGGAAGAACAACUACUGCCUGCAGAUCAACCCCGCCUCCUCCAUCAACCCCGACCACCUCACCUACUUCCGCUUCAUCGGCCGCUUCAUCGCCAUGGCACUGUAUCAUGGAAAAUUCAUUGACACUGGCUUCACGCUCCCCUUCUACAAACGCAUGCUUAACAAGAGACCCACGCUGAAAGACCUGGAAUCCAUCGACCCUGAGUUCUACAACUCCAUCGUCUGGAUCAAGGAGAACAGCCUGGAGGAGUGUGGCCUGGAGCUGUACUUCAUCCAGGACAUGGAGAUUCUGGGCAAGGUGACAACACAUGAGCUGAAGGAAGGAGGGGAGAGUAUCCGGGUGACGGAGGAGAAUAAGGAAGAGUAUAUCAUGCUGCUGACGGACUGGAGGUUCACGCGGGGUGUGGAGGAGCAGACCAAGGCCUUCCUGGAUGGCUUCAAUGAGGUGGCGCCGCUGGAGUGGCUGCGGUACUUCGAUGAGAAGGAGCUAGAGCUGAUGCUCUGCGGCAUGCAGGAGAUGGACAUGAGUGACUGGCAGAAGAACACCAUCUACCGGCACUACACCAAGAACAGCAAGCAGAUCCAGUGGUUCUGGCAGGUGAUUAAGGAGAUGGACAAUGAGAAGAGGAUCCGGCUUUUACAGUUCGUUACAGGGACCUGCCGCUUACCAGUUGGAGGAUUCGCAGAGCUCAUUGGCAGUAAUGGUCCGCAGAAGUUCUGCAUCGAUAAAGUUGGCAAAGAGACGUGGCUGCCCCGGAGUCACACCUGCUUUAACCGCCUGGAUCUUCCUCCCUACAAGAGCUAUGAACAGCUGAAGGAGAAGCUGCUGUAUGCCAUUGAGGAGACAGAAGGCUUUGGCCAGGAGUAAUGACGCUUGCUCCUUCCCCGGCACCCCUCGGCCGGCCCAGGGCAGAGCAGCGUCUGGAGUAGGCUGCACGCUGGGUGCUCUCGCUCUCAGGGCAGGCAGAGAGCAGUUUGUCUGUCUCCCUCCCGCCCUCCCUGGGAGUUUGUCUGUCACUCUUGUUCCUGGGUUAGGCUGGUGCCAAUGCAGCCCAAUGGCAGACGGGCUGCCCCCCCCACCUCCAAAGCGAGCCCAAGGUGUUAGGGGGGAGACGGACACAAGAGCCCACCCAUAUGCCACUACUGAGGGGGAACGAAGCGGAUGGCUGGGAGGGGGCUGGAUCACUGGCCCCUUGCCACGUGGUGCCCUCCUGGGGGCUGGACCCUGUACAAGUUCCAGUCACCAUCCAACUGCAGCCCAGUGUCUGAGCUCCAGACCUUGGGGUCUUUGGGCCUGCAGCAGGGACCCCGAGAGACGGCAGUGUCCCCCCAAGGCUGGGCAGUAGUGAAGACACCUCCCCCUCCCCGAGCCACUUUGCACCAAAGAAAUGUGUGCAAUCGUUACCUCUGCCACCUGGAAAACGGGCAUUGAAUGAAUGGAAAGCAGAGAAUUCCAAACAAACCCAGUGAUUUCCUGCGGUGUCUUUCCUUUGUUAGUGCACAGAGCUAACGUCCCUUUGGAUUGGGGCUGCUCGGAACGGCCCGAGACAGCAAGGCCGGGUGGGCACUUCUGUCUGGGGAAGCUCCUGCCAGGGCCUAGCGCUGGACAGAGCUUUUUAGCAUUCAAACGAGCAGGGAACUGCUUUUUAAGGGUCGUUUUUCACGUCUAUUUUUCCUGGCGUAUCGAUUAAAGUAACUAAAGCGCCUACUCAGGUGGUGCUGGGUAGUGACGUCCAUGAGCCCAGUCCUGCCCCCAACAGAGGCAAUGGCAAAACUCCCACUGACCUUCAGCCGGCUCCUUCCCAGCCAGUGGGCGGGGGGCGCCCCUACCUGUCAGUUGUGUCUGCACAGGAUGGAUGUGGUUGGGAACUCUGCCCCGAAGGAGUGACCAGUGGGGAGGGCCGCCCCGAGGCAGGCAGACGGGGGCAUAGGCCUGUGCUUUGAUUUGCGAGUGUGUGUGGCCCCCGUGCUCUCUAUUUAACUAUUUCAAUGGAAUGUAUUGCUAGGUGGUGGUGAUGCUCUUUAAUAGGAUUCUAGAGGCUCCGCUCGUGUUUUGUACAGACAACGCGCUGUUCUCUCGCGCUCCGGUCCUGCAGCGACUGCAGCUGAGGGCUGCGAAACGGGCUCUUUCGCCGCUGAAACGAGCAGAGAGCUUUUCACAGCAGUGACCCCUCCCGACUUGCCCUGAGCCCGGCAGCUGAGUGCCCAUGUGCGAAGAGCUCGUGUGGCCUUUGCUCCGUCUGUGGGUUCAAGUGGAAACUCUUGGCCUGAUUCUUCUGUCCUAGACCGCGGUGGAGAGCAGAAGCCCUUGGAGUUACGCUGCUGUAAGUGAGGGCAGAAUCCAGCUCUCUGCUGUUUCCUUAUUCUACAGCCUCUGCCGGCCUAGGCUGCUGCCUCAGAGAGUUCGCCCUUCCCAGGUCUGAGGACAGCAAUGGCCCAAGUGUUGGUGUGUGCGUGGGGGGUGGGCCCCGCAUGCGUGUGAGAGCAUCUGUGUACAUAGCUGUAUAUAAUGAAGUCUAUGGAUACAACAAAUUGCAAUAGCUUUGGAGCGGUAACCUUGAUAGUUUUGUACUGCACCAUCCUGCCUCAGUGAUGCCAAUUUCUUGUGCAAUAAACGAUCAGCAGCUG